UUAUGAAUUGGGAAAGAAAUUAUCAAAUUAAAUUUUAACAAAUAUGCAAUUGGUAUUUAAUAUAAUUAACUAUUUGAUCAGAAUAAAUAUAAUAUUUACAGUAUCUACAAAUUACAUGAUAUCAAAUCAAUAAGAUCAAAUGUGCAUAAUUAUUGCAGUGUAGCAAAUAAGGAACGACGUGCAUAUACAUACAUAUAUACUAUAGUGUAGCAGUGCGGCAAGCUUUCUGGUGAUUUGAUAGCUUCACACUUAGUUAUUAGCACGCUUUCAACGGGUAAACCAGCAAGCAUUAUUCGACCGCUGUCACCGCGAAUAUAUAGAAACGCUUAAAAAAUACACUGUACAUACAUAAGUUAGGAAAGUAACGAAAAGUGAUAAUUUAAAAGUACAAAUUCCAAACCCAACGAUAUAGUGAGUAAAAAGUCGCAAACAUGAAACCAUUCCAGGUUGGUGGACCAAUAACAAGUGGACUGAAUCGGGCAUUCGGCAAUAAAGAACCAUGGCAAGUAGCAGCUAUUACAGCGACAACAGUGCUGGGCACUGUUUGGCUAUGGACAUUCAUCAAUCAGGAUGAGAGCCUCUUCGUGCGUGGCAAACGGCAAUUUUUCCGCUUGGUCAAGAAACUGCCGGCCGUGCGCCGCAAAAUCGAUGCUGAAAUCUCAAAGGCCAAGCGGGAUUUUGAGAGUGAAAUAAGUAAAAGCUGCAACGAUCUCAGCUGGUCGCUGGAAUUACCGGCUAACGGGUUGAGCCGAGAUGAAAUUAUACAUCUAGUAGAUAAACAUUUAAAUAUUGGACACUAUAAUUGGCGUGAAGGGCGUGUUUCGGGCGCCGUGUACGGUUUCAAAGCAGAUCUAGUCGAACUGAUAACCGAAGUAUAUGGCAAGACAUCAUACACGAAUCCAUUGCAUCCCGACAUCUUCCCCGGCGUGUGCAAAAUGGAAGCCGAAGUGGUGCGCAUGGCGUGUACUCUCUUCCACGGCGAUGCGAAUAGUUGCGGCACGAUGACCACCGGCGGCACCGAAUCCAUAUUGAUGGCGUGUAAAGCAUAUCGUGAUUAUGCGCUUGAAACGCGUAAUGUGCAGCGUCCGAACAUGAUUGUGCCGAGAACAGUGCAUGCGGCGUUCGACAAGGCAGCUCAGUACUUCAAAAUACAUAUAAUUUAUGUAGAUGUGGAUCCGAAGACGUUGGAGGUGGACGUGCAGGCAGUGAAGCGUGCAAUUAACUCCAAUACGAUACUGUUGGUUGGUUCAGCGCCGAAUUUCCCUUACGGCACCAUCGACGAUAUUGAAGCUAUUGCCGCUUUGGGCCUCAAAUACGAUAUACCGGUGCAUGUGGAUGCUUGCCUGGGCAGUUUUGUUGUUGCGCUAACCAGAGAAGCUGGCUAUAAAAUCAAGCCAUUCGACUUUGCCAUCAAUGGCGUCACCAGUAUUUCAGCCGAUACACACAAGUAUGGUUUUGCACCUAAAGGUUCCUCCAUCAUACUUUACUCCGAUCAGAAGUAUUUGAAUCAUCAAUUUACAGUAACCACCGAUUGGCCGGGCGGCGUGUAUGGCUCACCCACCGUGAAUGGCUCGCGUGCAGGUGGCAUUAUUGCUGCUUGUUGGGCAACUAUGAUGAGUUUCGGCCAUGAAGGCUAUCUGGAGGCGACCAAACGCAUUGUGGACACAUCGCGCUACAUAGAGGCGGCCAUACGCAAAGUAGAUGGUGUCUUCGUUUUUGGCAAGCCCGCUACAUCCGUUGUCGCUAUUGGCUCUAAGGUCUUCGAUAUUUUCCGCCUGUCGGAUGCGCUAUGCAAGCGGGGUUGGAAUUUAAACGCAUUGCAAUUUCCCUCAGGUAUACACAUAUGCGUUACGGACAUGCACACUCAACCAGGCGUUGCCGACAAGUUCAUAGCUGACUUCAAAGCAAGUGUCGCUGAAAUCAUGAAGGAUCCCGGUCAACCCGUCGAGAGUAAAAUGGCAAUUUAUGGCAUGGCCCAGUCUAUACCUGAUCGCUCGGUGGUGGGCGAUGUGACGCGUGCUUUCCUCAACAGCAUGUACUUCACGCCAGUCAAAAAUUGAGUGGUGCGCCGUUGAAGAGUGCAUAAGCAUUGGUUGUUUCUUAGAAGAAUGCUUUUAAAUUGUGUGUCAAAUUAAUAACAAGUUAAUAACAAGUGUAGUGUUUAUUGACGUUCUUUAUUCGGAAAUAUUAUCUGUUUGCUUUAAAUAGCUUAUCCAAUACCGUGGAUAUGCAGAAAUUAUUGUUCAGAAAAAAAAAUGUAGUUUUUCAUGAAAAAAAUUAUUGUCGUAAGUUCAAAGUUGUGCAAAUUAUUGAUAAAGUUAUUCAAUUUAUUUUUUAUUCAGCUGCAUAAAAUUAAUUUUAAAUGCAAAGUACUUAGUAUUCUAUAUAAAUUUAUAUUUUGCAUUUUUUUUGCUUCACAAUUAUUUCAUUUAAGCAUUAUUACAUAAUUGUAUAUACACUUGUUGCAACAGUCUUAACUUGGAUUCAUAUAAAGUAACAAAUUAGUUUUACACAUCUUUACACCACCAUUAUUGUUAAAGAAUAACGAAAGAAUAUUGUUUAACAAAACCAGUAGCAUUUAAAAUAUU